AUGCCUGGAGUUUCUGACUCGUUGUACACCAUUACCACACUGGAGAUUGGAGCCAACAGUGUACCUGGCAUUAUUGCCCCAGAUAGUGUCCACAUCAGCCAGCCCAGGUACCCUUUGGCUUCUGGAAAUCAUAGGCAGCCUUUGGGGGUGACCACUUACCCAGCCUCAUCAAGAGUGGUCCAGUGCAACACAGGAAGAGUGAACUUCCAGAACCCUCUCAUGGUGCACCAGAAUCCAGCAGGAGUAACAGGUGCACAGAGUCAACUCACAGUGCACCAGUAUCCAGCAGGAACGGCGGGUCUGCAGACUUCAUCUGUAGUGGUCGAGAACUUGCCAAGAAUGGCAGAUCCCCAAACCCUACCCCAGAACCCUCAGAAUCCUCCGAACUUCAUCCCUGGACCCAUGGGCACCUCAAACCAGUUCCGGUGGAACACAUCAUUUGGAUCAUUUUCCACAUUUGACCCCAAGAAAUUCAUAAAUGAGGAGGUCAGGACAUUCGGGGCCAUCCAGAUCCUCACUGGCCUGCUGCACAUCUUUUUGGGGGUCAGUCCUCUCCUGUAUGAGCUACUAUCUGUGACCAGAGCCUCAGGGUGCCUGUUCUGGGAAGGACUGUCUGUGAGUGUAAGGCCAUGUGGCCUUCUUCCUGGGUUACUGGACGGGUCAAGGGGAGAAAGACGAGGCUCGGAGGAGACAAAGCCGGACUGUGUGAUUGCAAGGCCCACGCACGGCUUCACCACUUCACCUUCCUCCCGUGCUGGAUCACGAUCCAAGAGUUUGCUCCUCUUGGAGCCUGGCAAGUCACUGAGGCUUGCAGCUUCCUGCAAGGGUGCUGGGAGCCUGGCCACAUACCCAACCCCACCAAGGUGGAGGCUUCAGACCCAGUCCGGCUCACUCUGGGAUGUCAUUAAACUCAGAGUUCCCACAAGCCCAGCCUCAGACUCUGCUCACCGAGUCCUCUCCCUCGGUCUCCUCCAGAUGAACUGCAGCGUCGGCACGGAUGUCUUCAGUGCAAUCUGCUCUCUGGUCGGACUCUGCAUUCUCGUUUUAGAUACGAUCAUAGCUUCCGAGGAGAGGCAGCUGUGGGUGCAGAGGCAGCAAGGAGAGAGCAGCGUCGGGGGUGCAGCAGCCGUGGCAGCCCGGUGA